CAGAUUGCGCUUUCCUUCAUUCCUUCUGUAAACUCAGAACCAAUCAAAAAUUCCCUCCCUCCUCGCCGGACAGAAAUAUCUCUUCCCUCCAAAACCACCUUUUUAUACUUGUAUUUAUACAUAUCAAUUAGAAAGAGAAUCUCUCUCUCUCUCUCUCUCCUCUCUAUGCAGAGAUUCUAAAGAGAGAAAGAAAAAAAGUCGCGAAUCGAAGAAAAUGGUGGCGCUGAUCGAUUAGAGCUUCACCUUCCGUACAACUCAGGGGUACUAUCGAAAUGGGUGUACCUUUGGGUGGUGAGAGUCCUGCUAUACUGCAAUUGCACAAAUGGGGUCCCUCACAGACCCAACUCAACCUUUCAGAAUUCCGUGAAGCUUUUAUUUCUCCUACAAGACAGCUUUUAUUAUUGCUGUCAUAUCAGUGUGAAGCUCUGCUUCUUCCUCUGAAUAUUGGGGACCCUGUAAAGAGUGAUGGUCUGGAAGGUAGUCAUGACAGAAGUUCUAAAGAUUCGGGUUCAUUUUUUGAAGCACCUGCAGUAUCUAGUAGGUCAGAUUCAAGGGACAACAUGGCCGGCACUUCUGGGUCAGUUGUGGAUUUUGAUAAUGAUUUUUCUCCUCAAGGUGAAUCUUCCAUGUCUGAUUGUUGUACUUUUCUGGGGGAUGUAAACUCACUGGCUUGGGGUGUAUGCGGUGAUACCUAUGAUCAACACAAGGAUACUUCAUUUAGAGAACUUUUAUUUGUAUCUGGCAACCAUGGUGUGACUGUCCAUGCCUUUUGUCAACCCAAUAGAAGCAGUGCAAUGACUACAACUGCUCUGGAGGGUGACUUUGGACAAGGGAGGUGGGUGGAGUGGGGGCCUUCUGCUACCCUAGCUCAAAAUAUGGAGGUGCAGGAACCUUCCAUCUUGUGUUGUGAAGCCCCUGAAAAUGUUGUGGAUCUAAACACAGCCCAGGAAAGUAAUGAAAUUCGAAAUAAUAUUUCUGAAGUAAAUGGGGAUGAUGAGUUGUCAAAAAGUAUUGCUCCUAAGAAAUGGUUGCGAUCAUUUUUUACUGAAGUUGAAAGCAUCAAAUCUGAUGGCACCACAUGGACCAGAUUCCCAGAUAAGUCAUCAUUUCCUUGCUCUGCAAAGGUUGUUUCAUUCAGCCUUUUUAAUAGUAACUUACCACUUCUGGGCUUCAAUUACAAAUGCAAUUCCGUAUCAAGUAAGGAAACAGUUCUUGAUUCAGAGAAUGACACAUCUAUAAAGUCAGAUUUGGCUUCAUCAGUUUCAAAUUUGAAGUCUGAUGUUUUGUCCAAUAUUUUUGGUGUUGGAGUGAAUAGUUUAUACAAGUGCUCCAGAGUGUUCUCUAGCAAUUCACAUCACUUUAUUGGAUUCUUUUUAACAUUGGUGGAUGCUGUUACUGUCAAUACUAGUGAUGAAAAUGGUAGUAGCAUUUGUAACAAUUUACUUCUUGUUGCUAGGUUAGAGAGUUGGGGAAUCCAGUGGGUUUCCUCGGUGAAGCUUGAAGAAAGUCUAAAUGUAGGCCCAGUGGUUGAGUGGAUGGACUUUCGCUUUUCUGAUGAUCUUCUUGUUUGUCUUAAUUCAUCUGGCUUAAUAUUUUUUUAUGCUGCAAUAUCUGGUGCUUAUGUUGCACGCAUAGAUGUUUUACAGUCAUGUGGACUUAACCCUCAAUUUGAUUUGCUGGAGAAAGAAAAAAUUUCUAAAGCUGCCGAUAAACAAAAUAAACAAGUUGAUGAAGUUCAUGAGAAGUCAACCUAUCAACAUGGUGAAACUUUUAGUAGAAGAUUGUUUAAAAGAUUGCUUGUUGCUUCACAUACUUCCCUCUUAGCUGUGGUUGAUGAUUGUGGUGUAAUAUAUGUAAUUCAUGCUGCUGACCUUAUGCCUGGCAAUUACUAUACAUCCGAGAAAUUGCUUCCACAUUUUCAGCAUUUCGGACUUGGUUUGUUGGUUGGUUGGGAAGUUGGCGGUUCUGAUAUUGGCCCCCAAAGGGUAUAUCCUAGUUAUUCUGGUCGUCUUAAAUUUAAUAUUUCAUCCACGAUGGAUGGAAGAUUUUCCUUUAUGGAUAAUAUUGGAGGUAAUGUACUUCAGAAAAUCCGAGACUUAGACCUUCAUGAAAAGAGGAGCCAUUGUGGCUCAUAUUUAAGUGGUUUUUCUGCUGCUUCGAAGACAACAGAUCAGAGGUUUCAUGACUCUGAAGUUCCAUCACACAGUAUGCGGAAAAUAUUUCUUUCGACAUAUAGAUUUAAUGAGGAUGAUUGUGUCUAUUUUUCUCCCUUGGGAAUUACUCGGUUCAUUAAAAAACACCAUAUGAAGAACCAAAAGGGUUCUCAAAUUGUUCAUUUUGAUCUGCAUGCAGAGUUGGCAGUGCGUGAUGACAGCUGCUUGAGUGGGUGUGAAAUGUUCUAUCUCCAAGGGAUAAAAGAAGCUUUCAUUGGAGAAGCAGUUGGUUGCACAUUCCAGGGAUCUUUUUAUUUGGUGACAGAAAAUGGUCUUUCAGUGGUUCUUCCCUCAAUUUCAGUUUCAUCUAAUUUCCUUCCUAUUGAGCCCAUUGGAUAUCAGCUGCCAAGUAUCAGUAGAGGUAUCGAAUAUCAAGUUAGAGACAUAUUGGAAACUACUGAAUCAAAGCGGCCAUGGCUGCUGUGGAAACUUGAAGUUUUGGACAGGGCUCUUUUGUAUGAAAGCACUGAAGUGGCAGAUUGCUUAUGCUUGGAAAAUGGGUGGGACUUAAAAAUUUCGCGGAUGCGUCAGUUGCAAAUAGCAUUGGACUACUUGAAAUUUGACGAGAUAGAUCGAUCUCUAGAAAUGCUUGUUGGUGUAAAUCUUGCUGAAGAAGGGAUUUUGAGGUUGCUCUUUUCUGUGGUUCAUCUGAUGCUUUGUAAAUCUGCCAAUGAAAAUGAGGCUUCUGCUGCAUCAAGGCUUCUCGCAUUGGCCACCCGCUUUGCAACCAAAAUGAUUCGUAAAUAUGGAUUACUACAAAACAAGGAAAAUGCAUGCAUACUACAGGGCUUUAGUAGGACUUGCAUACUUUCUCUUCCACCAGAUAGGCCAGAGAAAGUACAAUAUGAUCAGGGAAAUUCAAGAAGGCUCCGUGAGAUGGCUCACUUCUUAGAGAUUAUUCGAAAUCUGCAACAUCGACUUAGUACAAAAUUCAGAAGGCCAGGCCAAGGAUUGGUGGAUGGUAGGGAAGCAUCAAGUUUGGUAGAUACGGAUUUAACUCAGGAUGAAUGUCAUCUUUCUAUUAUUUCCGCAGAUGUGGUGUCAUUAGACACAUCAAACCAACUGGAACUUUCAUUUCCUUUCUCUGCUUCAGCCUCUAAUAAUACUGAGAAUCUUGCGUUGAUGCCUAUGGAUACUGAAUCCCAUUUGGAACUAGAGGAUUUUAGUGAAGUAUCUGCGCUUGUGCCACAAGGGGGAGUGCUGGAAAAGAAAGUUCUUCCCUUGGAAAAUCCCAAGGAGAUGAUUGCUCGUUGGAGUUUAGAUAAUUUGGACCUGAAAACUGUGGUCAAAGAUGCUUUACUCUCUGGUCGUCUCCCUUUAGCAGUUCUUCAACUGCAUCUUCAUCAAUCAAGAGGUUUGGUCACUGACAAAGAGCCUAUUGAUACUUUCACUGAAGUUCGUGACAUUGGAAGAGCUAUUGCUUAUGACUUAUUUUUGAAGGGUGAAACUGGACUUGCUAUAGCAACUCUGCAAAGGCUUGGGGAGGACAUUGAAACCAGUCUCAAGCAGUUAUUGUUUGGCACUGUAAGGAGAUCUCUUCGAGCACAAAUUGCUGUGGAGAUGAAAAAAUUUGGUUACAUGGGACCAUAUGAAUGGAAAAUAUUGGAUAGGAUAUCACUCAUUGAGAGGCUGUAUCCAAGCAGUAGUUUCUGGAAAACAUUUCUUGACCGGCAGAAAGAAUUCAUGAGAACUUCAUCAAGUUCAAAUUCACCAGAAGGAAUUUAUUUGCACCUAUUGCGCUCACAUUUGUUUGGCAAUCUGAUCAUCGAGUGUGGUGAGAUUGAUGGAGUUGUCGUAGGGUCAUGGACAAAUGUCAAUCAAAGCUCUUCUGUUGAUGAAGACAAUGCUAAUGCUAAAUACUGGGCUGCUGCUGCUAUCUGGUCUAAUGCCUGGGAUCAAAGAACCGUUGAUCGUAUACUACUGGAUCAAUCUUUUCUUAUGGGUGUUCAUGUAUUGUGGGAAUCUCAACUUGAGUACCAUAUAUGCCAUAAUGACUGGGAAGAAGUGUCUAAACUCCUGGACCUGGUUCCUACAUCUAUUUUAUUAAGCGGAAACCUCCAAGUCAGUUUAGAUAGUUUGCAGCCUGCUUCAACUGCUGGGUACAAUAGGGAGUCUAAUGAUUAUGGCAAUUACCUAUGCUCUCUUGAAGAACUGGAUCUUGUGUGCAUGGACAUUCCAGAUGUCAAAAUUUUCAGGUUGUCAGCGAAUAUUAUGUGCUCCAUCUGGUUACGGUUGCUUAUGGAGGAGAAGCUUGCAAAGAAAUUCAUUUUUAUGAAGGAAUACUGGGAAGGCACGGCAGAGAUAGUACCCCUUCUGGCUCGUUCAGGCUUCAUCGUUAGCAGAUAUAAGACUCCUGUUGAAGAUGAUAACAUUAGGAGUUCAUUGGAUUUAAAAUUCUCAGAUGGUAGUCAAACUUCUCAUGUGGAUACUGUUCAAGCUUUGCAUAAAUUACUUGUACACCACUGUGCUCAAUAUAACUUGCCAAACCUUCUGGACCUGUAUCUUGACCAUCACCAGCUGGUUUUAGAUAAUGUUUCACUGUGUUCAUUACAGGAAGCUGCAGGAGAUUGUCAAUGGGCAAGAUGGUUGCUCUUAUCUAGAGUAAAGGGGCGUGAAUAUGACGCCUCACUUUCUAAUGCUCGUUCGAUAAUGUCACAUAAUUUAGUUCCUGGAAGUAACCUGAGUGUUCUAGAGAUAGAUGAAAUAAUUCGUACCGUUGACGACAUUGCGGAAGGAGGGGGGGAAUUGGCAGCUCUAGCGACCCUAUUGUAUGCCCCAGCACCAAUUCAAACUUGUCUGAGUUCUGGCAGUGUUAACCGGUACAGUAACUCCUCUGCCCAGUGCACCUUAGAGAAUCUUAGACCCACUCUUCAGCGUUUCCCAACAUUGUGGCGCACGCUUGUAGGUGCAUGUUUUGGAAACGAUACAACUUAUAAUGUUGUGGGCCCUAAAGCAAAUGAUGCUUUAUCGGAUUAUCUAAAUUGGCGAGACAACAUCUUCUUCUCUUCUGGACGUGAUACUUCACUUCUACUAAUGCUGCCUUGCUGGUUUCCUAAGGCUGUGCGAAGAUUGAUACAGCUUUAUGUCCAGGGUCCUCUUGGAUGGCAAUCACUUUCAGGUUUGCCUGUAGGACAAUCUCUGCUAGAUAGAGACAUUGAGUUUUUCAUAAAUGCUGAUGAACGUGCUGAGAUCAGUGCAAUCUCCUGGGAAGCAACUAUCCAAAAGCAUGUUGAAGAGGAACUCUAUAAUUCUUCACUUGAGGAAACUGGACUUGGAUUGGAGCAUCACUUGCAUCGCGGACGUGCACUGGCAGCCUUUAACCAUCUUCUUGCUGCUAGGGUUCAAAAUUUUAAAUCAAAAGAGCAAGGUGGUGGUUCAGCACAUGGACAAAGUAAUGUUCAAUCAGAUGUGCAAGCACUUCUUGCACCUUUAACACAAAGUGAAGAGUCUCUUCUUGCAUCUGUCGUGCCCCUUGCUAUUAUGCAUUUUGAGGAUUCUGUGUUGGUGGCUUCAUGUGCUUUUCUCCUUGAGCUUUGUGGGUCAUCUGCCAGCAUGCUUCGUAUAGACAUUGCUGCCUUGAGACGGAUAUCUUCCUUUUACAAGUCCACUGAAAUCAAUGAGAAUUUUAGACAACUUUCACCGAAGGUUUCUGCAUUUCAUGCAACAUCUCGUGAAAGUGAUAUAACACAGUCUCUUGCUCGAGCUUUGGCUGAUGACUAUCUGCACCAGGAUAGUGCUAUCAAAACUAAGCCAAAAGGAACUCCAAAUUCAGUUACUAGUAAACAAGCUUCACGGGCUCUCAUGCUUGUCCUACAACAUUUGGAAAAGGCUAGUCUUCCAGUGAUGGAAGGAAACACAUGUGGGUCUUGGCUAUUAAGUGGCAAUGGUAAUGGAACUGAGUUAAGAUCUCAACAGAAAGCUGCAAGCCAGCAUUGGAAUUUAGUUACUGUUUUUUGUCAGAUGCAUCAGCUUCCCUUGAGUACGAAGUACCUUGCUGUAUUAGCAAGAGAUAACGAUUGGGUUGGGUUUUUAGCUGAAGCUCAGGUUGGAGGAUACCUUUUUGACACAGUAUUGCAAGUAGCAUCAAAGGAGUUUGGUGAUCCACGUCUCAAAAUUCAUAUAUCAACAGUUCUAAAAGGCAUGCAGUCAAGGAAAAAAGCAAGCUCUUCAUCAUAUUCAGAUUCUACGGAAAAAGGGAGUGAAACUUUCUUUUCAGAUGACAACAUAUGUAUCCCAAUUGAACUCUUCAGAAUUUUAGCUGAGUGUGAGAAGCAGAAAAAUCCUGGACCUGGAGAGGCCCUUUUGAUGAAAGCAAAGGACUUGUCCUGGUCGAUUUUGGCCAUGAUUGCGUCAUGCUUUCCUGAUGUGUCUCCAUUGUCUUGUUUAACAGUUUGGCUGGAAAUUACUGCAGCAAGGGAAACGUCAUCCAUUAAGGUGAAUGAUAUUGCUUCCCAGAUUGCAGAUCAUGUUAGAGCAGCUGUGGAAGCUACUAAUACUCUACCAGCAGCUGAUAGAGCCCUUACAUUCCAUUACAACCGGUGUAACCCAAAACGUAGGCGGCUUAUGGCCCCCAAAUCAGUUGAUCCUGCAGCUGCUCCAACAUCUGAUAUUUCAAGUACUUCUACAAGUGCAAAAAUAUUUGUUGCUCAAGGCAUUAUUGCUGAAGAGGAAAGAAAAGUGGAACUUGAUGAACAUCUUAAUGUUUCAAGUGAUUUUGAUGAAGGGCCUGUUUCUCUUUCCAAGAUGGUUGCAGUGCUAUGUGAACAACAUUUGUUCCUGCCAUUGCUAAGGGCAUUUGAAAUGUUCCUUCCUUCAUGUUCACUGUUACCUUUCAUCCGAGCUCUUCAGGCAUUUUCACAAAUGCGCCUUUCGGAAGCUUCGGCACAUUUGGGUUCUUUUUCUGCCCGAAUUAAGGAAGAACCUGCCUGUGCACAGGCAAAUAUAGGGAGAGAAGGGCAAAUUGGGACUUCAUGGAUUAGCUCCACUGCUAUAAAAGCUGCCGAUGCUAUGCUUUCAACUUUUCCAUCUCCUUACGAGAAAAGAUGCUUGCUACAACUUCUUUCUGCUACUGACUUUGGUGAUGGAGGUUCUGCGGCAACACACUAUCGACGACUUUACUGGAAAAUUAAUUUAGCAGAGCCUUCAUUACGCAAGGAUGAUGGUCUACAUCUUGGGAACGAGACUCUAGAUGAUGCUUCACUUUUAACAGCAUUAGUAAAGAAUGGGCAUUGGGAGCAAGCACGCAACUGGGCCAAGCAGUUGGAGGCCAGUGGGGGAUCUUGGAAAUCUACUGUUCAUCAUGUUACCAUGACCCAGGCUGAAUCUAUGGUAGCUGAAUGGAAGGAGUUUCUUUGGGAUGUCCCAGAGGAGAGAGUUGCUUUAUGGGGCCACUGCCAGGCAAUGUUCAUAAGAUAUUCCUUCCCUGCUUUACAGGCUGGAUUAUUUUUCCUUAAACAUGCAGAAGCUGUGGAGAAAGAUCUCCCUGCAAGGGAGCUUCAUGAAUUAUUGUUGCUUGCUCUACAAUGGUUGAGUGGGAUGAUAACCCUGUCUAACCCAGGAUAUCCGUUGCAUCUUCUGCGGGAAAUUGAGACUAAAGUUUGGCUCUUAGCAGUAGAAUCAGAAGCUCAGGUGAAGAGUGAAGGAGACUUCAAUUUAACCAGUUCCACUCGGGAGACUGUUAUUAAAAAUUGCUCCAGUAUUAUUGAUAGGACUGCAAGUAUAAUAACUAAAAUGGAUAAUCAUAUAAAUUCAACGAGGAAUAGGAUUUUAGAGAAAAACGAUGCAAGGGAGAAUAACCAGACAAAUCACAAGAGCCAAGUAUUGGAUGCAAGCUUUCCAACUGCAGCAGGGGGCAGUACAAAGGCAAAACGUAGGGCCAAAGGCUAUAUGCCACUAAGACGGACACUAGCAGACUCAGUAGAUAAAAGCACUGAUCCUGAUGAUGGCUUUGGGCCUCUUAAAUUUGGCAAUGACUUGCCAUUGCAAGAAGACAACUUUAAAAUGGAAAUGUCAUUUUCAAGGUGGGAGGACAGUGUUGGACCUGCUGAGCUGGAAAGAGCUGUCCUUUCUCUAUUAGAGUUUGGGCAAAUAUCUGCUGCCAAGCAACUCCAACAUAAGCUUUCUCCUGCACAAGUAAUUCCUGAACUUGUUUUAGUGGAUGCUGCCAUAAAGCUUGCAGAUGUCUCAACUCCUAGUGGAGAAGUAUCAAUAUCAAUGCUUGAUGAGGAAAUGCGUUCUGUUAUUAAGUCAUGUAAUCUACCAACUGACCAACUUAAGGUUGACACGCUGCAGGUUUUGGAGAGUUUAGCAACCAUUUUCAUCGAAGGUAGUGGACGUGGACUAUGUAAGAGAAUAAUAGCAGUUGUUAAAGCUGCAACCAUCUUGGGCCUUUCAUUUUCAGAGGCUUUUGAUAAGCAGCCAAUUGAAUUACUACAGCUGCUUUCCCUUAAAGCACAAGAAUCAUUUGAAGAGGCAAAUCUCCUAGUGCAAACUCAUUCUAUGCCAGCUGCUAGUAUUGCUCAAAUUCUUGCAGAAUCAUUUUUAAAGGGCCUAUUGGCAGCACACCGUGGGGGAUAUAUGGAUUCUCAAAAGGAGGAAGGGCCUGCUCCCCUACUGUGGAGAUUUUCGGACUUCCUGAAGUGGGCAGAGCUCUGUCCUUCCGAACCAGAAAUUGGCCAUGCGUUGAUGCGGUUGGUGAUUACUGGCCAAGAGAUACCACAUGCUUGUGAGGUUGAGCUUCUUAUUCUGUCUCACCACUUCUACAAAUCAUCAGCUUGUCUUGAUGGAGUUGAUGUUCUUGUAGCCCUUGCUGCAACCAGGGUCGAAGCUUAUGUGUCUGAGGGUGAUUUUUCAUGUUUGGCUCGCCUAAUAACUGGAGUUGGAAACUUCCAUGCCCUGAAUUUCAUUCUGGGAAUUCUUAUAGAAAAUGGUCAACUGGAUCUUCUUCUUCAGAAGUAUUCAGCUGCUGCAGACACAAACGCUAGCACAGCUGAGGCUGUCAGGGGAUUUCGAAUGGCUGUUCUCACAUCAUUGAAGCAGUUUAACCCGAAUGACCUUGAUGCAUUUGCAAUGGUCUACAACCAUUUUGACAUGAAGCAUGAAACAGCUGCUCAUUUAGAGUCAAGAGCAAAGCAGUGUUCUGACCAGUGGUUCCAGCGUUAUGACAAGGACCAGAAUGAAGAUCUGUUAGAUGCCAUGCGCUAUUACAUUGAAGCUGCUGAAGUUCAUUCUUCUAUUGAUGCUGGCAAUAAAACACGAAAAGCUUGUGCUCAGGCUUCCCUUUUGUCCCUUCAAAUUCGAAUGCCAGAUUUCCAGUGGCUGAAUCGAACUGAAACCAAUGCCAGACGCGCCCUAGUUGAGCAGUCCCGUUUUCAAGAGGCCUUAAUUGUUGCUGAAGCCUAUGGUCUUAACCAGCCAAGUGAAUGGGCUUUGGUCCUUUGGAAUCAGAUGCUCAAACCAGAGAUAAUGGAAGAGUUUGUAGCUGAAUUUGUGGCUGUGCUUCCUCUUCAGCCUUCAAUGCUUGCUGAGCUUGCAAGAUUUUACAGAUCUGAGGUUGCAGCCAGAGGGGACCAGUCCCAAUUUUCUGUUUGGCUAACUGGAGGAGGGAUGCCUGCAGAAUGGGCUAAAUAUUUGGUCAGAUCAUUUAGAUGCUUGUUGAGGAGAACUAGGGAUCUGAGGUUGCGGUUGCAUAUGGCUAAUGUGGCAACUGGAUUUAACGAUGUGAAUGAUGCGUGCAUGAAGGCAUUGGACAAAGUCCCUGACAAUGCCGGCCCACUUGUGCUUAGGAAAGGGCACGGUGGGGCUUACCUCCCACUGAUGUGAAGUAAAUGUUAAUGGCAAAGAUUUUUUGGCAGAUUAUAAUAUUGAUCUUGAGAUGGUGAUAACAAAAUGGCGACAAUUUAAAAUCCUCUCAAUCUCUUUUGGUGAGCUUGUGGCAGGAUUUGUGAUUUGGGGAAUGGUGGUGUGGGGAAGAGAAUCCAAAAAGUUGAAGGAAAGGGGGAAAAGAAAAGAAAGGAAAAAGGAUAAAGAAAAAAAAAGAAAUUUAAGCAGGUUAUAUGAAAAUUGUGAUAGUUAUAGAUUAGUCAACACAGUUUUUAACGAUUUUUGUAUUCUUUUUCAGCUUCAUUGGACUAGCAAGAAGCAGAAAGAAGUUUGGAGAAUAUAUGUAGGUUAGGACAAUUAGUCAUGCUAGCAAAGUCUUUGUAACAUCAUUUUGAUUUAGCUCUGCACUUUUUGUUUUUUUUCCCAGUUAAUUUUUUGAUCGACAAUUUGAGGCCAGUUGUAAAUCCCCCUCGAAAAUGAGUGCUUGUUUCAUUUUUGUAAGAAAUGUACAAUAUAUUCAUAUCAAUAUCAUAUACCUAUAUAACAAAA